AAGCUGUCAUCAAUGUCUUCUUCUUCCUUCAUCUCCUCCUCCAUCGUUUAAACCCUAAUCUCUCUGAUCACAUAGCAAACACAAGAUGCAUCGUGUUCUUCAUCUUCUCAUCAUCUCCUCCGUUACGAUCUCGAUCCUCGCCGAGAAUGAUUCUAUCUACGACGUCCUUAAAGCACACGCGUUACCAAUGGGGCUAUUACCAAAAGGUGUAAAGGAGUUUAACGUGGACACCAAGACAGGACAGUUCUCGGUUUUUCUAAACCGAUCGUGUAAGGCUAAGUACGAGAGCGAGAUACAUUACGAGGCUAAUAUUACGGGUACGAUAGGUUACGGAAGCAUCGGUGGUUUAACGGGUAUAACUGCGCAGGAGCUUUUUCUUUGGUUUCCGGUUAAAGGGAUCCGUGUGGACAUACCUAGCUCGGGAGUUAUAUACUUUGAUGUCGGAGUUGUUCGUAAGCAGUACUCUAUGGCUUUGUUCGAGACGCCUAGAGAUUGUGUUGCUGUUGAGAAUGAGGAUGAGUUUCGUGGGGAUAACAAGAUUCGGUCGUCUAUGUUACAAUUCUAUGAAGUAGAUGAAAGUGUUGGGAGAAAUAUUGUGUAGCCAAAAAAAGGGUUGAGGAAAGUUGUAAUGAAGAUGUGUUUAUAAAGUUAUACAAGUUAGAAAAUUUUAGAUGAUCAUGGAUUAUUGAAGACACACAAACACAUACACCUUCCCCGAUUGAUUUAUUCAGUCUGUUUUGAAGUGGAAGUGAGAACAAGUGUCGGAGGGUUUUGUAUGGAAUGUUGAGAUUCGGUUGUUGGAGCGAUCACAGGUGAUAGAAUGUUUUGUUUUUUUUUUUAUGUUUUGCACUUUGUCAUGUAUUUUUCUUCUCCUAGCAUAAUACAUAAUAUGUAUGUAAUGUCUAAUAUAUGUACCUGUGUAAUCAUAUUCUUUAUCCCAAUAAGAUUGUUUACAGUUUGCUGUAUUUUCCGUUCACUUACUUAAAUCAU